AUGACACCCAAGAAGAAGCGACGUAGCGAGACUUGCGACAGAAAUGGAAGCAGAAGCAAGCACAAAACCAAGGUGGAGCACUUACUGUUGCUCGAGCAACUGGAGCAGUUGGAGCUGGCGGACAGUUGUUGUGACAUUUGCCACUGCUAUUGCUACAGCUCCCACAGCAGCAGCACCACAAGUGGACGCCAGCCCGAGGAGAGGUCGCACAACUCCCAGCAGGAGCUGCAGCAACUGGAGCAGCAGAUUGAGGCGCUGGAGCUACUGCAGCGUCGCGAAAGCGCUGGUAAGAAGGGCAGCAUCAAGGUCAAGCUAAGCAGCAAGCCUCGAAAACGCAGUGCUUCCAAAUCGCCUGUGGAGCACAGUCGCCGCAACUCCGCAGAGACCAAUACGCGUGCUUCCACGGCGAACAGGAGUCGACGUUCAAAAAGCGCGGGCAGUGAACGGAGCACCCGACUCGAACGGAGGGGGGCGGAGGAGCGCAGUGUCAGUGUGGGCGUGCCAGCAGCUUCGACAAACAGGAAACGUGAGAGAGCAGGUGCUACCAGGGACUGCAAAAUAUUGCAGAACAUUCUUGGCCCACUAUCGGAACCAUUGCCAGCGUUGAUCAUCAACGGAAAAGCCAAGUCGAAGUCUCAGCAAGCACUUAACCAACCACCUGCCGACAACGAUAUGGCUUUGGUGCCUCUCGGGCAGACACGGCCGAGCCAUUCCAAUGAGACCCUCUGUAGCUCCAUGGCCAAUCUUUGUCUUACCCCCACUGUGCGUGCCGCCUAUCAGCAAGUGCCCAUGCACGACAAGAAGAUUCUUAAUCGCAUGGCCGUGAAGCGCAGCCAGCAACUGGUGGAGAAGGAGCACGCCUGGCUGGCUCGCAAAUAUUGGGAGAACGAACGUCUGGAACGGGAAUUGCUCAAGUGCGAGCAGAUAGAGGAGUAUAAGCGGGCAGUUCAUGAUAAACAGUUUCAAGACUACAUGCUGACCAAGGUCCGUUUGCAGGCGCUGGCCCAGCGGGAUUUGGCCGAGCUGCAACGCCUCCGAGAGGCGCUGAAUGCCAAAGAUGCUGCUGCCAAGCAGCGAAUCGCAGACCUGAGACUGGAACGGGACAUCCAGUUGUGCCAGCGCCGGUGCGAGGAGCUACGUCGCAGUGAGGCCGUCAAUUUACAGCAGGAGGAGCAACACCUGGAUACCACCUUGCGGAAACGCGAUAUCUGUAUGCGACUGACCCAGCGGCUCAGGCGAGCGGACGAGUUGCGAGGCCAGCUCCUGCAGGCCUACCUCAAUCGCUUGCAGCAUGACAAUUAUGUGGAACAAGUGCAGCACGAGGAGCAUUGGCGGGAAAGGCAACAGCUAGAGAUUCUAAAACGGGAACAACUUAAGGCGGAUAUUCAACGCAAACGGCGUCAAUCGCAGCGCUUCGUGGAGAAUCGACAGCGACGGCAUGAAGCGAUCACAAGGACCGCCAAGAUCUCGGCCAGCCUAAGGGAGCUGGUGCGGCAAUCAGUGACUCCUGAGGCGGGCGCAGGAGGUGGACAAGGAUCGGGUCAGACAGCAGCUUUAGAUUUUUAUGCACAACAGCAGGCGCACCUGGGACGCUUGCUUUUCGAAAAGUAA